UUCGGUUCGUCUUGGAUUUAUUGCAUAAUUAUUUCAAUUGUUUUGAUUGUCGUGGAAUGUGUGUCUUUGAAAGAAAAAUGUGUCACUCUGAGAGUAGAUAAAUAAUGUCAGUCCAUUCCACAUGUUUACCUGAGUGAAUGAUUGAUGUCAAUGUAUUGAUAAAGAACACGCAGUGAAUCAUGUAUGAAUUUUGGUUGAUCUCAGCACCAGGGGACAAGACUUGUGCGCAGACAUGGGAGAGUUUGAACAAUCUAACAGCAAGACAGAACAACCUCUCUACAAACUAUAAAUUCCAAAUUCCUGAUUUAAAAGUUGGCACCUUAGAUGUGUUGGUGGGACUCUCUGAUGAUCUUGGCAAACUGGAUGACUAUGUGGAGAGGGUAACACGAAAAUUGGCCCAUUACCUUGGUGAGGUCCUGGAAAAUCAAAGAGAAAACCUCCGUGAGAACCUCAAAGCCGGUGGAGUUGACCUUGUUACUUACCUGUCACGGUUCCAGUGGGAUCUUGCUAAAUAUCCAAUCAAGCAGUCAUUACGUAACAUUGCUGAAAUCAUCUCAAAGCAAGUGUCUCAGGUGGAAUCAGACUUGAAGACUAAAUCUAAUGCUUACAACAGCUUGAAAGGAAACCUCCAGAAUCUGGAAAGGAAAGCCACUGGAAGUCUGUUGACCCGCAAUUUAGCUGAUAUUGUCAAGAAAACUGACUUUGUGCUUGACUCUGAGUAUCUUACAACGUUGUUGGUUGUUAUUCCAAAAAAUAAUAAUCAAGAUUGGCAAAUCAAGUACGAGACAUUGACAGACAUGGUCGUUCCACGUUCCAGCAAAGUUCUGUUUGAUGAUGGAGACAGUCUUUUAGUGUCGGUGACACUCUUUAAACGAGUUGCAGAUGAAUUCAAACAUCACUGCCGGGAAUGCAAGUUUUCUGUUCGAGACUUCACAUACAAUGAAGAAGAGAUGAUUGCUGGCAAGAAUGAAUUAUCUAAACUAGAAGCUGACAAAAAGAAACAAUUUGGUCCCUUGGUGAAAUGGUUGAAAAUAAAUUUUGGUGAGUGUUUUGCAGCUUGGAUCCAUGUGAAAGCUUUAAGAGUUUUUGUUGAAUCAGUCUUAAGAUAUGGCCUACCAGUCAAUUUUCAAGCCAUGCUUCUACAUCCUCACAAGAAGGCACAACGUCGCCUGAGAGAAGAAUUAAAUAAACAUUAUAGUCACCUUGACAGUGCAGCACUUGCUGGUAAUGAUCCAGCUGUGGACAUACCAGGACUGAACAUGGGUCAACAUGAAUAUUAUGCUUACGUUUUCUACAAGAUUAAUCUAGACAUGUUGGACAGCAACGCAAGGUUCUGAGGUGGUUAUGGCCAGAAGAUAAACAAGUCUGAAACUUUCACAACAUUCCAUAAACAACUUUGUGAAUGUCACUGAUUUCUGCUGUGUACAAUAAUAGUGUAUGAACACUACAACAGUGUGUGUGUGUAUACACAAUAUACACACCACCCAUAGUACACACUUCUGAGAGCAUGCAAUAAAGACUUUACCAUAAUAUCUUGUUUUACUGAGAGACAGGAUUAGCAAGUAGGAUUUUCUCUUAUGGAUCAGUUGUGGUGGUGGUGGUGUGGGGUGGGGGGUGCUCAGUGGUGUUUAGAGUAGUUAGCAGUCGACAUGCCUCCACUCUUCACUUAUUCAUUAUUAUCAUGAUUAUCAUUGUUAUUAUUAUUGUUAAUAUUAUUAUUAUUAAUCCUAUUGUCAUCAUCGUCAUCCUCAUCACCAGUGUUCCCUAAUAAUGGAGUCAGGUGUAAUGGUGAAAGAUUUUGAUAAUUUCAACUCUCUUGUUAACAACACUUUCCCCCUUUGUUUGUUCUGUUUUCUCAUAAUCCAGAUGUGAUUAUUAUUAUUAUUAUUAUUAUUAUUAUUAUUGGUGUUUUGAACAAAUUUAUAGUCAACAAAUGGUUGUUAUAGCUCUACUGGGGGUGGGGGAGUGUCCAAAUUCUUGACAAAAUGAAUCUAUUGUGUCAUUAAUGAUGAAUUGUUAUAAGAUAUCAAUUAAAGGAACUGAUUAAAAUAU